AUGGCCAGACGUUUAUUACAGUGUGAUGAUACACACUUUAUCGUGCGGUACUUAUGUGAUGACAAUCUUCAAGUGAAAACUCGUAUGUUUUUUAAGUGUGACAGUGACUCUGUGACUGUCGGUGAGGAAUAUGAUGUACAAUGGGGGCGACCAAAGGAAGUUGACAGAGCAGUCGUUAUUCAUUCAGGAACAGAGUUGGAGAUGCGUUCCAAGUUGAAGAAUUUGUUGUUGCAGCCAACAUCCCCAGUCGUCUCUUCCCCUCGUUCAGCGCAUUCCCCCAGAUCGCCAACUCCACCCAGGCCAGAAGAACCACCGCAGCUGAAACGCCGCAAAACAGAAAAAUCUCAGUUUAUUUCCUGCAGUGUGACUUUCGAUACCGAGGGUCCCACAGUUAUAACUCUAGAACCAGCAGAAAACUUGCAGGAAACAGCGCCACUUCUGUCAUCCACGUUCCUUACUCCAACACGACCUCCAGCGAUUCUUACAGAACAAAAUGAGGAACCAGCACCAUCUGUCUCACCCGCGCUCUUGACCCCAACUAGACAUCCUCCAACUUCCGCAGACGAAGUGACCGGGCUAGAAGCUCAGAUGAAUACAGUUCUGACCAACAUUAAUAUCCUCGUCGACCUUGUGCGAAAUGGAGGCCUUCAACAACCGACUACUCAGGCUGUCAAUAUCAGUGAGUUUAACAGUACGGACUCUGACAGUGGCAGUGCAUCAACCGGUAUUCCCGAGGAAUUCCAAAUUCCAGAUGUUCCAGAUUCAGAACUCGGGGAAAUUCUCAGAGAUUCUAGGAAUUCAGGUAAGACCGAAGACAGUGAAGAAUUAUUUCGAUCUACAUGCACCAAUACAUUCGAUGUGCAAAGGAUCGUAGAGUUUGCAGUUUUGGUUGAACAUCUAAAACGAUGUUUUGUGUGUCAUACACCACUAGAUUUAGCGAAGUGUGUAAAAGAGAGACAGGAUGGUCUUGCGAGUCUGUUGUACAUAGAGUGUACCAACUGCAAAGAGUUGACUACUAGGGGUAUUGUGCCAACAGGGAAGCUACCAAUAUUGGUGUAA